AUGAGUGAACGAGCCCACCACGGAGCCCCAAGGUGCUCUGGCACCAACCCCAGGAAGUGCCAGGACCUAGGAGACUCAAUUCUUCUGAUUCUGGGCAGCUUCAUCUUGCUCAACGUGGGGAUCAAUGUGGUGACUCUGCUCUGGAGGCAUCUGAAGAGCUCCUUGAGGAUUCUUUUCCAUCAUUUUUUCCCCAAAGACAAGCAACCCAGCUGUAUAGGCAGCCAUCCCAUGUGUAUGCGCUGCUCCAUGGAUCCCAAGAACCUAUGCUCAGAAGUCUCUUCCCACUUCCAUCAUCACCCAAGCUUCCUGCUCAGGCACCCUAACAACCUUGACUCCUGGAUACCAGAUAUGAAUGAUGAGAAGGCUUCUAGGUGCUGCUGGAUAUCGCCUCAAUGUGGACACACCAGGGCUCCCAUGGAGACUCCCUGGGGACUGUGGAAGGAGGGGAUGAUAGGAGCUGGAGAGGCCCCUCAGGUCACAGCCUCAAAGGCCCAAGACACCUUUAUCUCAAAGCAAGAGACAUCUCCCCAGUUCCCCAAGAUGAAUAAGCUGGAUAUGGUUCUUCACCACAUGCCCCAAGAGAAUACGAACAAGACCUCAGACUAUGACCCAGCCCAAGCCCCAGCCCCAGCCCAGGCCCAGACCCACUCCCCAGUCCGCCCCCCCGAGCACACCCCCACCCAGGCCCGGACCCACUCCCCAGUCCGCCCCCCCGAGCACACCCCCACCCAGGCCCGGACCCACUCCCCAGUCCGCCCCCCCGAGCACACCCCCACACAGGCCCAUGUCCCUGAGCACAUCUCAGCCCACACCCUAGCCCAGGCCCCAGCCCAGGACCCCAUGCAUGCCUUAGCCUGCUCCCUGGGCCACAUUCUUGAGCACAUAAAAGCUCAUACUCCAACCAUUGACAUGGACCAUACUCAUCUAACCCAUACCUGUGCCCACACCUUGGUCCCUCCCCAAACCUCUGCCCCAGAUCCUCCUCUAAUGUCUGCCCCUGCUACUACUCCUGCCCCAGCUCCUCCUUUAAAGUCUGUCCCUGCUACUACUCCUGCCCCAGCCCCUACACCAGCCCCUGUCCCAUUACCUGCCUCGAUCCCUGCUCCAGUACCGGUCAUGGCCACAACUACCACUCCAGUUCCUUCUCCUAUGCCUACUGUAACCCCUACCCACAGCCUAACUCCUAUUCCCUCUACCCUAAAUGCCUUCAGCCAAGGCCUGUCCACUGACCAUGUGGUCUAUGAUACCCUCAGGGUAAAGCAGAACUUAUCCAAUGUGUGCCCCACCCAAAAUGCUGAGUGUUCCAGAAAGAACUUGGGUACCCUCUCCAGGCCCCAAGAUGGUCAGGGCCUGGUAAACUCUGGUCCAGCAGAGCAAACAUCAAAGCAACUCAGUAGGGACACUGACAAGUCCUCCACGGGAUCCAUACUGGGUUACUCGGAGUUGGGGAAUGUGGAAUGGAAGAUCUCAAAUGAUGCCAAAGACAAGUUCUUACAGCCCAAGACCAUCCCUUACUGCAGCUUCCAUCCUUGCAGUUGUGAGAGGAGAAACACAGACUCCGAGCCUCCAGUCUACCCUAAACUCCUUGUCUACUCCAAAGAUGCUUCACCUUCUCAACUCUGCCUCCAUCCUCCAACCAGUGCCCAGAACUCACCGUGCAUUGCUUCUGUACCAUGUACUCUUUCUCUGCCUCUUGUUUCUCCCAGAUCCUUUGUUCAUCAACCUACCAACCACCAGGUGAAGCCCUCCAAUUCAAUACAAACCCCCAUCUUUCCCCCAAUCUCCAAGUCUCCUCAGUCCAUACCCUGUUCCCAGUUUCCCAUCCCUCCCCAGUUCUCCACCAUUUCCCAACCCACAAUCCAACCCCAAUCUCCUGAACUUCAUAAGAGUCUAGGCCUCACCCAAGAUUCUGGCCUCCAGAGGACCUCAGGCUCUCUAAAAGACUCUGUGGUUGCCAAGAACCCAGGCCUUUAUCAAGAUCCAGGCCUAUACAGGUUCCCAGGCCUUUCCCAGCACCCUCACGUCUGCAAGAAACUGGGUCACUCCCAAGACUCUGGCCUUCACAAGAAUUCAAUUAUUCAAGAUCCUGGCCCCCAGAAGAGCCCAGGUCCUCCUCAAGAUGUACAUAUCUCUACGAGCCCAUGUCUCACCCAACCCUCUGGCCUCCAUAAGAACACACCAUUUCCCAAAGCUUCUGACAUUCAGAGGAGUUCAGGCUUUGUGCAACACUCUGGAGUUCAUAGGAAUCCAAAACAAAACCAAGAAACUACACGCUACAAAAGUCAAGAUCUCUCCCAAACAACUGGCCUCCAUAAGAGCCCAGGGCCUUAUCAAGAUUCUGAAGGUUGCAAGAGUACAGAUAAUGCCCAAGAUCCAGGAGUCUCUAGGAGUCUAGGCUUUACCCAAUAUUCUGGCCCACAUAAGAGCCCAUGCCUUGCUGAAGACUCUGAAGUCAACAAAAGCUCAGGCCUUUCCCAAGAAUCUGGUCUCCACAAAAGCCCAUGCCUUAUCCAAACCUCCGGCUUCCCUAAAGCCUCAGGCCUCACCCAAAAUUCAGAAAACUACAGGAAUCUGGGCCUGACUCAAGAUUCUGACCUCUGGAUGAAUUCAGUCCUUACCCAGGCCAGUGUAGUAAAAAAGAGAUGUGGCCUUACACAAGAUGUUGGAAUUUACAGGAGCCCAGAAGAUACCCAAGGCCCUAACUUCCACAAGUAUCCAGGAAUUAAUCAAGAUCCUGGCCAACAUAAGGGCCCAGCCAUUACCCAAGACUCUGACCUCCCCACGACUCACGGCCUUACCAAGGAAUCAAGCCUCCACAAGGGCUCAUGCCUUACUCCAAAUCCUGACCUCCACAAGAAUCCAGGCCUUGCUUUAUGUACUAACUCUAUCCGAGUCAUGGGCCCAUCUCAGACCCCAAAGUCCACACUGUCCCUGAUGAAAUCAUUUGUAUCUGACAAGGCUCCUUGGAAGAAUGCAGAGCAGCAUCCUCCAUGUACUUCUGACCCACUCAGUCAGAACUCCUGCCCUUCCAAGGCUCGGGUUAUCUACAGUGACCUGCAAACCUUCUCAGAGGUACCUGUACUCAUUGAGAUGCAGCCAUCCUCCCAGCGAGCAGGCGGCCAGGACUGGGUUUACUGCCCUGUAGAUACAGUUCCUCCAGCCUUCCAGAACUAUUGCCAGAUGUCUAUGCCUCCCAAAGUCAACUGGAAGACCCGCUGUCCUAGGCCAUGUACCCAGGUAGGCCAUGUGGUCUUUGAUGCCCGCCAGAGACAGUUUGGAGUGGGCAGAGACAAGUGUGAAGCUCUAUCUUCCAGGCGCCUUCAACAAGAGGCAUCUAGCAACUCAGGAGAGACCACGAACUGUAGAGCUAAACCCAUUAUCCCCAAGGCCCUAGAGCUGCAUUUUCCAACACAGUAG